CAGAUAGUGACUGAAAGAGUGAAAGAGCCGCAUCUUCUUCUCCUCCUCCUCCCACCACAACAGCCAAAGCCGUUAUCUACGAGGCCAUACAAAUAGGAAAAGCCACACCACACACAAGCUCCAAGUCACCAACCACUGCUUCUUCUACAGAUCGAUAAUAAUGGUUAAUCCUGCUGCCGCUGACGUUGCUCACCUUUCACUUUCGCCCCCUUCAAUUCUCUUUCUCCUUCUCGAUCAACCCCCAAUGCUCCUUGAAAUGGCCAAAUCCCUUCACAAUUAAUCAAAUUUUCACAAACACUUGGUCCGCAUUCCGCUCUCCCGCCCCGAUUCCACGUUCUUGCAAAUGGGUCCUCCGGAAGAUCGCUCCAAUCUCCAUACUUCAUUGAUCAAUUCUUUGGGCUCUGCUUCAGAUGGCAGUCCAGCAUCCCCCACUCUCUCCAAAACCGUGAUUGGGGUUCUGCAUUUGCUCGUUUCGCUAGGGAUAGUUCUGGCCGUGGAUAAGUAUCUGAACAUGGCGUUCGUGGCUGCUGCUAUCAAGUUCCCCAGUGCGUUGUUUGGGAUGUUCUGCAUAUUCUCGGUUCUCAUCAUUCUCGACACCGCUGUCCCAGCUGCUGCUGCCGCCGUCAUGACCUUCUUCGAGCCUGCACUUCUCUUCAUCCAGAGAUGGCUUCCGUUGUUCUAUGUGCCCUCACUUGUUGUUCUCCCUCUCUCUGUGAAAGACAUCCCUGCUGCUUCCGGUGUCAAGAUUUGCCUCAUUGUAGCGGUCGGGUGGCUGGCGUCUCUUUGCGUUGCGGGAUUCACUGCCAUUGCUGUGAGGAAAAUGGUUAAAACAGAAAUGACAGAUGCUGAGCCGAUGUCCAAGCCCUCUCCUUUCUCUGCAGUUGAGCUGUGUGUUUGGAUUGGAGUCUUUGUAGCAUCUUUUGGUGCUGCUUUUUUGUAUCCAACUUUGCUGGGGACGAGUGCUAGAACUUGCCUCCCCUUCUUGCUAGCAUCGACAGUUCUAGGCUACAUGAUUGGUUCCGGGUUGCCUGCUGGUCUGAAGAAAGUUUUCCAUCCGAUCAUCUGUUGUGCACUAUCUGCAGAUUUGGCGGCAUUUGCUUACGGUUAUGUCUCCAAAUGUGGAUUCGAUCCUGUUUUAGGUAUGAGUUAUUACCUUACGAAUGCAGCAAGUAAUCCUGGAGCUGGAGAUGUACUGAUGGGAUUUUUGGGAUCUGUUAUUCUUUCCUUUGCCUUCUCAAUGUUCAAACAGAGGAAGCUGGUCAAGAGGCAUGCAGCAGAAAUAUUUACCUCGGUCACCAUUGCAACGCUGUUCUCGUUGUAUUCAACAGCUUUUGCUGGGCGUCUCCUCCAACUAGAACCGACUUUGACCAUCUCUAUUAUUCCUAGAUGUAUUACUGUUGCAUUGGCCCUCAGCAUAGUUUCACUGUUUGAAGGAGCCAAUUCAUCUCUAACAGCAGCGGUGGUUGUAGUAACUGGUCUUAUUGGAGCAAAUUUCGUGCAAGCAGUGCUUGAUAAACUGCAGUUACGUGAUCCCAUUGCUCGAGGAAUUGCCACUGCAUCCAGUGCUCAUGGACUGGGAACCGCAGCAUUGUCAGCCAAGGAACCCGAAGCACUGCCCUUCUGUGCCAUUGCAUAUGCUCUCACUGGGAUAUUUGGUUCCAUAAUUUGCUCUGUUCCCGUGGUCAGGCAAAGCUUGCUUGCAAUAGCUGGCUGAUGAUAGAGUACUCCGAAUUUCGACAUAGCAUAUAUAGACAAAGACAGGCAGAAGGCGGAGGCAUGCUGCAGUUGGUUGUCAUAUUCUUUAGUAGCUGGACAUACAGAAAGAAAUGUCUUUAUUUUUCCUGUAUGAUGUAUCCAAUUCAUCUAUUGCCCUUUUUGAUUCAUCCUAUUAAAUUGAAUCUAAUUGUAUAGAAGAACAGAUUCAACGAAAACAAAAUAGUUACCCUUUUUUUUGGAUAACCUGCUCUGGAAUCUAAUUCUUCGAGAAUUUGGUCAGGAAGCACAAGACAGUACCAUGGAUAUACGCAAAUUUAAAGAUCCACGAAUUAUAAAUGCAGAUGGUAUGAUAGCAAUCAUGUCACUAAUAUCUGUAAGAGCGUCAGGCGCUUGGCCCAUUCCCAUAAACUCCAUGUUCAACUAAUCUCAAAAGAACCGAAAUGUGUUCAUGGUUCACAUCCUUAAGACCUUAGCACUAACAUGGAAAAUUUCCUAUCUUGCCUACCAGUUUUCAGUAACAUGUUGCAUCCUUGUUUCGGAACUAGAUGCUAGGAAAUUACAGGUAGCUCACAUCAGCCCAUGAAGUUCAUGAUCACCAAAUGAAGCACCAAGUUGCAGAGAAUAAAAUCAGCAAAAGCACGCUCAGGUGCCACAUCCUUGAACUCCUUGUUGUCCUUGUUCACUUGGAUGCGCAGACACACAGCAAGGACUGCAGUCCCUAUGCAAGAAAGCACCCCUGAGAGGAAAGAAUUAAAAGGAAAUGACCCCACAACGGCCAUGUACACUACCUG